AUGAAUGCGGCAUUGCUAUCACAGAUCCAAAAUGGGAAGGGACUCAAAAAAGUACCCGAUCACGCGAAAAAUGACAGAUCGGCAGUAGUAGGAGCGGGACAAGUAUCUGGAGAGUCGAAUAAUAACUCGCAAGCCAAAAGCCGCGGGCCUCCGAUGCCACCAGGCGGAGGGAGAAAGGGACCAUCACCGGGCGGCCCUCCGAUGCCCGGCCUUGGUGGAAUUCGAGCUCAAUUAAAUGCACAGUUCGGUGGCUCUUCAAGUGCCCCAUCUGGUGGAUAUAAAGCGCAACCAGCACCGCCUCCUAAUUUCAAAAAGCCAAAUGGUUUCCCAGCUCCUCCUCCACCAAGUUACGGGUCAAAUUCAACUGGAUCAACUCAAAUAAGAGGCCCAGCUCCUAGGGUCCCUCCUCCGGGAAAUAAGUGGGGAAGCCCACCACCUCCACCUCCCCCAAGCUCUGGCAAACCAACAGGAUCAGCUCCUCCCCCUUCUCCGAAUUCAAAUAAGCCUGGCUACAGACCUGGUGCAGCUGCUGCAGUUUCAGCGCCGAAUCCACCUCCACCUUAUAACAGUGGAAGAACGUUGCCUAGAGUCACUCAAAGUCAGCAAAGGCAAUUCCCUCCUCCGCCAGCUCCAUCGAACAAUAGGCAAUUCCCUCCACCAAGUUCUGGAAGAGCAGGCCCACCACCUCCUCCAAGCAGAGAUCCAGGGACAAGAACGACGGGAGGAAGUGUUCGUCCACCAGCUCCGCCACCACCAACUCAGUAUGGCAGCCAGCAAAGAAAUUUCCCAGCACCAUCUGCAGCAUCAAAAGCACCACAACUGAAUAGGCCGCCUCCACCAGCUCCACCAAUUCAUACCUCCCCAGUUCAAUCUUCAAAGAGUUCUAUUGACAACGCAGUGUUCACGGAGAUUCGUAAUCUACCAAGGCCCGAUGUCUACAGACGGCCGGCCGCAUCGGCUUAUCCCUCCGAGAGCCGUAAUGCACCGUCGCGUACAGCGCCAAAACCGCCAGAUGCAGAAACAUACGGACGGUAUCUUGUCCCGAAAACAAGGCCACUGAGGUAA